AUGACAAGUUCUAUACGUCGUCCCGCAAUAUUAAAGUGUCGCUUGUCCAACGGCCGUUCACUUCGAUGUAUGGUAAAACGAGGGGAGUGGGUUCGAAUCCAUUGCUCAGCGAUAGCAAUAAACACCACACUUGGUCUUAGGGGUGGAUAUCGGAUAACGCCACUGAGUGACGACUGUUGUCUCAUAGAAUAUCUAGAAAAUAAUGAACCGCUUAGAAAUAUUAUAUCUUCAAAAUAUGAUAUAGAUAUCCCAGAAGUCAACAAAAGAGCGAAAGAUGAUGAACUAAUAUUAGACCGAGAUAGGUCCUUAGAAGAGUUCCAAAUGCUGUGCAAGAAAAUACCUUCAUAUUUAUUGAGAUCAGCCAUUGAAGAGAAUUGUGCAUCAGUGGAAGAUUUUAUCUGCAAAAAGAAGACGUUCCUACAGUCGAUAUGUGACAUGACAGUCUUCAGUUAUUUGUGCGGAAUGAGCGACCGCCAUUUAGAGAACAUGAUGUAUAACAAACAAGAUGGCGGCGCGUGUCACGUGGACUGUGCCGCCAUCUUGCAAGAUGGCGGUGAACUUCCGCCGGCGCGUCUCACCAGAAACAUUCUAGCGCUUUGUGAUACUCAAGUACUCGAAAGUCGUCUUCAAACGAAAUUUUUGUAUCUACGUGAAAACCAACACAUUUUGUUAUCGUCAAUAUCCGUUGCAUUCAAAUGGAUGGGACAAAAAUAUAUGGAGAAGUUCAAUCACACACGCAAUCUCAUCCAAGGGAAAGUGCUAUCCCACAACAAAACUAUAGAAGCUCUAUCAAAAUCGAAACAGCCCAAUAAAGAACAAUAUAUACAGAUGUUGGAGGAGAUUUUUGAAGAUUUUACACAGAAAAAUGAAUAUACUGUCGAAGAGCAGGUGUCCAGUUUACUUCGGCAAAGUACUGAUCUAAGGAUUUUGAGUGUUACCAGAUCUGGCUGGGAACCGUGGAUU